CAGGAGUCAAUCUACUUCAGUGUUCAUACACAAUGUGAAUCAAUGAGUGAUUUGUCUUGAUGUUUGAUGGAAAUUUAACUAAUUGUUGCUUUUGUGCCUUGCAGAGAGGAAGCAAAUAUUGACAGAGCUAGGAGUGCAUCAAUAGUUAGCCAUGGCUCUAUUUUCUGGCUUGGGAACACCAUCUACCAGCUUCCAAGAGCCCCAGAGACCAGAGCUGUAUGAAGAAGUUAAGCUCUACCGAAAUGCUCGAGAGCGAGAGAAGUACGACAACAUGGCCGACCUGUACGCCGUCAUCAACACGCUCCAGAACCUGGAGAAGGCGUACAUCAAGGACCGGGUGGCGGCCAAGGAGUACACCGCCGCCUGCUCCAAGCUGCUCGUCCAGUACAAGGCCGCCAUGCGCCAGGUGCAGUCGGACGAGUUCCCCAACGUCGAGGUCUUCAUGAGGCGGUUCAGGCUGGACUGCCCGGCGGCCAUGGAGAGAAUACGAGAGGACCGGCCCAUCACCAUCAAGGACGACAAGGGCAGCACCAACAAGUGCAUCGCAGACACCGUGUCGCUGUACAUCACCAUCAUGGACAAGCUGCGCCUGGAGAUCAAGGCCAAGGACGAGCUGCAUACCGACAUCCGCGACCUGCUCGACACCAUGAACCGUCUCUCGGUGCUGCCAGAGGACUUUGAGGGUAAACAGCGUCUGCUGUUCUGGCUGUCCGCCAUGGCCGAGAUGCAGGCCGCGGACGAGCUCAGCGCCGAGCAGAUCCGAGAGCUGCUCUUCGACCUCGACUCGGGCUACAACGCCUUCAUCAAGGUGCUGCACUGAGCUGAGCUGUGAUAGACCAGCCGCUGGCCCCGGCCCCGGCCCGUGCCCGGUCAGCGCGCUGCCGCUCUGCCCAUCUGGCCGCGCGCGUCUCGGUGUGUGUAUUGUGGGCGUCUCUCCGAUAAUUAAUGCGUCUAUGAGGGAGCGGCUCACGUUUGUGUCUGUGGAUCUCUGUUGAUGUAUGUGUGUAUCGUUUUAUGAGAUCGCUGCCCGUUUUUAGUCACCUGAGGGCUGAGGAGCGGCUAGCUGCCCACGCCGGUGGGCAGCGCGGCCCAUGGAGCGGACAGUGCCGGCCCGGUGCCUUCCUCCGGUCACAGUUAGCUCGGCGGUCAACCGGUCACCGCUCCGGAGGGGCGCGCCGGUCUCGUCUGCCGCUAAAGCCACGGCGUUUGGGGCAGCCAAAGAGCGAACGUGCUCUCAGUCAUGAUGGGACCUAUAAGUAUAUUUUAUAGUUGUGGCUGUAUGCAAGACUCAGCAGUGCUAGGUUUCGGUGGACGGUGUCCUCAGCAGUGAGAACAGUGGCAUCGUUUCAGUGCAUACUCUCGGCCAACCGGACGGUUCAGAGCUCGCUUGCCGGGUCCUUGUCACUAUCAGUUCACAUGUCUCCGUGAGGUGAUCACUUUCAAUACACUCUCUGUAUAACCA